AUGUCCAAAAACAGUAAAGCCUCGCGUGCAUCCACCACCUCCUCUAGAACAAGGGCCUUGGAAGCCAAAGCCAAAGAAGUUGAAUUAAGGACGAGGAUUGCACAACUCGAUCAAGUGGAAACUGCAAAAAGAGAAGCAGAAAGAACAAGGUUGAUAGCUAAGUGUGCAAUUGCUGCUGUUGUUAGCAAAGUCUACGAGGACGCAAUAAAGGAAGAUGCAGAACAAUACCUAGGAUCCGAUGACCCAGACAAAGAUGAUGCUGUCAUGAGAGGCCGAGGUCGACUAAAGAAAGACCAUUACAACCAUCAUUUAACUCGGCGACAGGAGAGUCAGUUGGCACCUUGA